AUGAAUAAACUCGUAUUUAUUUUUUAAGUUAUUACUAACAUAGUCUUUGCUAUUGAAAAUACCUCAGUUUUCGAAAAUACUUAAUUUUUAGAUAAAAACAAUUACUAUUAAAAUGUAGAUUAAAUUAUGAAACAAAAAUAUUAUGAAAUAAAUAAAAAUAAUACAUAGAGGGAAAGGUUCAUGUAAUAAAAUUCAUAAACAUAUCCCCUAAGAAUCACUUAUGAUAUUUUUAGAGAAAACGAUUAACAAAUUACAGAAGAACUUGAAGUUUAUAUAGGAAGCUUAUUAGAUACAGCUUUUAGUUAUUAUCAGUCACUUUUAUCAGUUAAAUAAACUGACCAGAAUAAUACAUUUUAUCUAAAAGAAUUGAAUAAUUGCUUAGGAUUUCUUAUUAAAUCAGAUGAUUUUGUAACAGGAAUUGAAGAAUCAGACUUACACUUAUAUGUAUCAUUUAAAUAUUCAGAUUCUGAUUUAAUAGCAAGUGCAGGUCAUUGCUAUAUAGAUCCAUUUUUAUAAAGACCAACUUUCGGAAGAAUUUUACUGAAUUUGUCAUAUUUUUAAAAAAUAAACAGAACAAAUUUAUAAUUUUUUAGAGAUUUAUAAUCAAUAAUGCAUGAAACUCUUCACAUAUUAGGUUUUUCUACAGCUUCUAUGAAUUAUUGGAUUGACCCAGAAACAAACGAGCCAUAUACAUUUAAAAAUGUUCAUAAAAUACUCAAGUAAAAAAUGCUAAAUGAUAGAGAAGUAAGUGAAAUAUCAUCAACAAAUAUAGUUAAAACUAUUAGAGAGUAUUAUGGAUGUGAUUCAAUUGAAGGAAUGCUAUUAGAAAAUUAAGGUAGUGAUUACACUAAAAAUUAGCACUGGGAAAGAAGUAUUUUAAUGAAUGAACUAAUGUCAGGUUCAUCUAAUCCUGAAGGAGGAGUUUUCUCUUUGUUUAAUAUUGCUCUUUUAAGGGAUACUGGUUUUUGGGAUGUAGUUGAUGAGAAUUUGGCAAAUCCAAUUUAUUGGGGAAAAAAUUAAGGAUGCUAAUUUUAUGAAAAUAAGUGUUAAGCAGAUUUAAAAUACGAUGAAUUCGAAGAUAUUGAUGGUAUUUUUGAUUGCUCUUAUACAGGAGAGGGAUUUGGAGUAAGCUAAACAGACCCAUUCUCAGAUGACUGCCCUAUUAUAUAUCCUACUGAUUCUUAGCUUUGUAUAAACUAUGAAUAAAAUUAAUAGAUUAAUGAAAUUGGCAAUAUUAGCUAAAAUAAUUUGAUGUUUAAUUUUUCUACUUAAAGCAGAUGUUUCAAAUCUAAUAUUUCAAUUGAUAACUCUGCUGCUAGCUUUGCAGAUGUUAGGUGUUUAAAAUCAUAUUGUAAUGAAGAGGGAACUUAGGUUACAAUUUAAAUUGACUAGUUGUAAAUGAUUCUAGUCUGUAAAGAAGAAGGUUAAACACUUCUCGUAGAAAAUGGAAUCAAAACUUAUGGAAAGGUUAUUUGUCCAAAAAGUUUUCCUAGAUUUUGCUCAAGCUUUUAAAAUAUUUGUCCUUAAUUUUGUAGUAAGAAUGGAUAUUGUGUAAAAGGAAAAUGCCACUGUAACAAGGGUUUUUUUGGAGAUGAUUGCUCAUAAAGUUGCAGUGAAUUAAAUGAGGAGGGAUAAUGUACAAUUAAAUGUCCUCCAGGCUAAUACAUCAAUCCUGAUAUUACUUGUUAAAAUGAUUGCCCACAAGGUUACUUUAAGAAUGUUUAAACAAAAACUUGUGAGAAGUGCCACUUUUCUUGUUCAAAAUGCAAUGGACCAACCAACUAAAAUUGUUUAGAUUGUCAUUUAUUGUCAUACCUUCAAAAUAACACUUGUGUUACGGAUUGCGGAGAAGGUUACUUUUAAAAUAAAUAAUUUUAAAAAUGUUAAAAAUGUAUUGAGGGAUGUCUCAAAUGUAGCAAUGAUAAAAUCUGUUAAGAAUGUGAUGGUUAAAAUGGAUAUAUUUAAUAUGGAAACUUAUGUAAAAAUACAUUUUGUGAUUUAUAAUGCCUAACUUGUGAGUAGGAUAAAAAAGAUAAAUGUACAUCAUGCGUUUAAAAUUUUUAUCUAGAUAAAACUUAACAAACUUGCUAAGACAGAAACAACUGUCCUCAAGGAUAUUACUCUGAUUAAGAAAAAAGAGAAUGCGUUGAAUGCGAUGAAGGCUGUUUAUAGUGUAAAUAUAGCUCUGAUGACUGUCAAAGCUGCGAUGAAACAAAAAAUUACACUUUGUUUGGAAAUAAGUGUUUUCAAUUAAUUAAUUGCUUUUCACCUUGUAAAACUUGUUUAGAUGAUUCAAGUUCUAUAAAAUGUGCAACUUGCAUAAAUAAUUAUUAUUUACAAGAACAAGAAUGUGUCGAAUAAUGCUCUAUAGGGUACUAUUUACAUGAAAACAAAUGUAAAAAAUGCAGUUAAAAUUGCGAAUCAUGCAUAAAUUUUCCAGAUAACUGCUUGAGCUGCCCAUAAGAUAAGUUUUUGAGUAACUCAAAAUGCUAUUCUAAGUGUAUGCAAGGCUAAAUUUGGGUCAAUGGAUUCUGCAUUGAUAGACCUGUGACAUCAUAUAAUCUCAUAACAAAAAACAGAGCUCUUAGCGCAAGAAACAAUUAAUUUUAAUUACUAAUAUUGUGCUUACUCUUUUUAAUUUCUUUAAUAUGA